AUGAAGAUCACAGCCAUCAAAGUCUACCCAAUCAAAGCGCUUCGUUCAAUCCCUUUGGACUCGGCGGUUCUCACGCCACAGGGUAUUCUCCAUGACCGAACAUACAUGCUCUUCAAAGUCGAGCCGGACUCGUCUCUCCGCAAGUUACAGUUGUCAAAGUUUCCGCAGUGUGCCCUGUUCUCUCAGGAGAUCAUUUCCUCAUCUCCACCAUCAUCGAAUCCCUCCUCCAGCGACACCAUACUCGUGAAGUAUCAUAUUCCGAAUCCGCCGCUUAUCGCCCAUCAUCCCCUCCAAGAUACGACCCUCUCAGUCCCGCUAGUCCCGGAUUUCUCGGCGCUCGAGCCCGUCUCUGUUGAUCUUCACGGCAGCCCCGCCAAUGCUCUGCGCAUGGGAGAGCCCUAUGACGCCUUUUUCUCUGCCUGCUUUGGAUUCCCCACGAUUUUGGUUCAUAUCGGCUCCGGCCGUCGUCGGGUGCUCGGCACCCUGGCACCAGGGUCCUCGCCCGAGGAGCAGCCGAAGCAACAGCAGCCUUCUUCCCUGUUUUCCUCCAUCACCUCCUACCUUCCGUCUUUCCCAGCCUCUCAGGGCCAGGAAAAGGAGAAGCAAAGCGACGAACAAGCCUGGCUCACAUUCACCGACUGCGCACCCUACCUGAUCACGUCAAACUCGUCACUUUCUUAUCCGUCUCUAGCCCCACUUCAAGAGUACCAGCAGCAGCAGCAGCAGGGAUCGGACGACGCUCAGAGCCCAGCCCCCACCAUCAUGGACAAAUUUCGUCCCAACAUUGUCGUCGACGACCCGACAGAGGCUCCCUUCGCCGAGGAUUACUGGGCCGAGCUGGCCCUGCCCGGUUCAGCGCACCGCAACGCCAGGUUCCUCCUCACGGCAAACUGCGGCCGCUGCUCUUCCCUCAACGUCGACUACUCUCUCGGUCGCGCUGCCGCGGGUCUAGAGGGUAAGCUCCUCAACACGCUCAUGAAGGACCGUCGUGUUGAUCCGGGACACAAGUACGCUCCCAUCUUUGGUCGGUAUGCAUUUUUGGCGGUCGAUGAUGGCGGAAAGGGUUGUGAAGUUGGGGAUUCGAGCGGUGUGGGUGCGGGGCCUGGCGCCGAGGGUUCUGGAGUGCGGAUCAGCGUUGGGGAUGAGGUCAUCGUCACUAGGCGUAAUGCCGACCGCACGGUUUUUGACUGGGACUUCCCGGCGCCAAACGCACAAAAGCCUGUUGCCACUGCUUAA